UUAAACAUCGAUACAUUUUGUCUUACCGUAAAGACGCGGUCACACUACAUGUCCAUCUUUGGCUGUAACCUAGCGUUGUUUGUUGUUUGUAAUUUUGCUGCAAAAAUAAUAAAACCGCUCACAGAACUUUGCGUGUAGAGAGAUCCAGUCCAGUUAAAAAGUAACACGAGCACCAAGAAAAUGUCCGCCAAGCGCAAGGCAGGUGGGAACGGAGCCGGCCCCAACAAGCGGCGCCCGAAGAAGAAGGAGUCGGAUUACGAGGACGAGUUCAGCGAUGAGUCCGACGAAGAUGGUGUGCAUCAGCAGGCGGCUGCCGCCAACCAAAUGGAGGUUCUUAUCCCCCAUGACGAUCUUGACCCACCCAGCAAGCUGCCUGAGGACUUGCUAGCCACGCUGGAAAAGACCCCGGGCCAGAUGCUGGUCGCAGGCAUGGUGACCUGGGACCUAACCGGCAAGCGUGACCGCAAAAACGUUACGAAGGUGCGCCCAAACCUAUACAGCUUUCACCGGUUCACGGACGAGAAGUACCGGUAUGUGGCCAGCGGACCAAGUGCCGCCCACACCAUUGUCAUUAACAUGGACCGUAAAGCGAUGGGCUUCGGGCGCAAUCCCAGCGGCCAGCUGGGCCUCAGCCAGGAUGUUAAGUUGGCAGAGAAGCCCACUCUCAUUCCGGCCCUGGAACAGCUGAACGUGGUGCAGGCAGCUGUUGGCCGGCACCACACUCUAUUUCUCACUGACACCGGCACCGUGUAUGCCUGCGGCGAAAACAAGUCUGGCCAGUGCGGCGUGGGCAAUACCCACGCCAACAUCUAUUCGCCAACGCCGAUAAACUAUCGUGGGCCGCCGAUCAUCCGGAUCGGUUGCGGGGCCGAGUUCUCGGUCAUUCUGGAUAUAAAGGGCAGCUUGCACACGUUCGGGCUGCCCGAGUAUGGCCAGCUGGGCCACAACACGGACGCAAAGUACUUUGUUAACGCCAACAAGCUGUCAUUCCAUUUCGAGACGUCGCCCAAGAAAGUGGUGCUGUACAUAGAAAAGAGCAAGGAGGGUCAUGUGACACCAGUUGAUGGUGUGCAAAUCGUGGACUUUGCUUGUGGCAACAACCAUACGGUGGCCAUCGACUCCAAAAAGCGCGUUUACAGCUGGGGCUUUGGCGGUUUUGGGCGCCUCGGACACGCCGAGCCCAAGGACGAGAUGGUACCGCGAUUAAUGAAGUUUUACGAUACCCAGGGUCGUGGAGGGCGCAGCGUCUAUUGUGGAUCCACUUUUAGUCUGAUCGUCAACGAGCUUGGCCUACUCUUUCUGUUCGGACAGAACAAGAAGACUGGAGAGGCUAAUAUGUAUCCGAAACCAGUACAGGAUCUGUCGGGUUGGAACAUCACCGAUAUUGGCUGUGCCAACACAUCAAUAAUGAUUUCAGCCGACGACACACUGAUCGCCUGGGGAGCAUCGCCCACGUUUGGAGAGCUGGGCAUCGGGGAGUUCCAGAAGUCGUCGACGGUACCCAAGGAGGUGCCAAAGUUGGACAACAUCAAAAUACCUCAGGUGACCAUGGGUUACUCCCACACUGUGUUGCUGGUGGACACCAGCCAUGAAGCCACCAAGCAAAAGUACGAGAAAAUGCCCGAGUACACCAUCGAUAAUUAGGUGGUGUGCCGAAUUUUCCACAAGCAAUCAAAUGCUGCCAACAACAAUACUGAUUCACGUAGGAAACCCUGAGAACUGAUCAUCGAAACUCUGCUGCUACUUAUAGAAAGUGAAACUAAACAAAUCCAGAAAAUUUUAUGCUAUAAGUUAAAAGUUCAUUAUCACGCAAAACUCGCUAUCUACAUACUAUACGAUAAUCUCAGAAUACGGAUAAAAUGUAUUUUGUUUUCAAGCUCUAAUUUAUUUUCGUAACUGAUACAAUUCUAUUCUUAACUUAUACCUUUUUCUAUAAUUUAUUGCCGCCCACCUUUAGGCUUACAGCCAAUCCCGCAAAACAUAUGUUGUCCCAUUUGUAAUUUUAAAUUUACACGUAACAAGUUACAGUAUUCUGCAUUCAUUUCGAACAGAGUGCACAAAAGCAAGCCACAAACUAUAAAACACAUAAAUUUACAAACUAAGCGCAUAGGUUACAUAUAAAAAGUAUACCAUGGAAAGAAUCCAAUACCAGUUGCAACUAUUACUAGUACAUCAUGCAUUUUAAUCAUAUACAAAGGAAUAUUUAAAUAAAAAGAGUGUUAGUAUUUA